AUGUCUGCUCUAACGCCAGCAACAACAUUUGAUGAAUAUCUCAAUGAGCAGCUCAUCAAUUGUUUAAAUCUUCAAACGAAUGUUAUACAAAAUUUAGCACAAUAUUCUGGACAUAUUUCAUUUCAAUUAAUUGAAAUUAGGAACGACAUAGAAAUACUUGCAAAUAGAAUAAUGACUCUUGAACAAGAACAAUCUCAUUUUUUACCUCCAUUUCAAAUAUAUAUGCCACCACCACAACCGCCGCCGUCCAAUCCUUUAUCAUUUUUUCAUCCAGAAUUACAAAAUUCUCCAUCAUUUAAUAAACCAUUCUUUUUAAAUAUAUCUGAUUUAACAUCAAAUACAGAAUCAUUUUCAUUUGCUCCGACAACAUAUGAGCAACCAUCACGUAAUGUUUUAGUUCCAUUUAUUUUUGAUCCAAUAAGUUUCAAUAAUGACACAAAUUAUUCACAUGAUAAUAUUGACAAUAUAAAUGAUUUUGAUGAAUCAUCUAUAUCAUUUAAACCUAUUGUACAUUUAUCACCUGUUGAAGUUCGAACAGGAGAAGAAGAUGAAAGUAUUUUAUUUUGUGAACGUGCAAAACUUUAUCGUUUUGAUUCAUCAACAAAUGAAAUGAAAGAACGUGGAAUUGGUGAAAUAAAAAUUUUACAACAUAAAAUAACAACUAUAUGUCGAAUAUUAAUGCGUCGUGAACAUAUCUUUAAAAUAUGUGCAAAUCAUAAAAUAACAUCACAUAUGGAAUUAAAACCACAUCGAGAAAUACCGAAUGUUUAUCUUUGGUCAGCUAUGGAUUUUUCUGAUGGUGAAGCCAAACAUGAAACAUUUUGUAUAAAAUUUAAAACACAUGAACAAGCAACGAAAUUUGCAAAAAUAUUUAAUCAAGCAAGAGAAAUCAAUCAAAAUCAAAUAGAUGAUAUGCUAUUAAUUAAAAAUAUUUCAUUAAAUGAUGAUGAUAUAAUUAUCAUAGGUGAAGUUAAACCAACAUUAGAACAAAUCGAACGAGCGAAAAAACUUCAAUUACCAUUAACAUUUUAUUUAUAUGAAAAUAAACAACCUUGUCAGGGUUGUCGUGGUUGUAAAGAAGAGUCACCAUUGACUCAAUCGAAUGAAAUCUAUGUUGGAAACUGGGUGAAUUCUUAUGAUACUACUCCUGUUAUUUUUGAAAAUCGUUCUACUUUUCCUUCUGGUUUCUUCCCAAAAUCUUCUCUUCCUCCAUUAAUGUCUAUGGUACCCAAUUGGUUUUCUACUGGAACAGAUUCUUUCUCUUCCUUUAAUAUGCCUUCUCCCCCAAAAGAUUAUCGAAUGAUAAUAAAAGCCAAACGUUCUCUGCCAAGCAAUCGUUUGCCUCCCCCACCAUCAUCAUUACCAUUAUAUACUAGUCGUGAACAAACUUCUCUUGGAGGAGAUGAAAUAGCAACAGCUCAGACAUAUCAAAAAAAGACACGAAAUUUCUCUAGUAAUAAUACUGAUCCAUAUUUACUCAAUGAUUAUGCUUCACAAGUGGCACGAGACAUUUUGGAUCAAGUAAAACAAGAGCUUUAUAAACUAAUAACUGAGCAACAAAUCAUAGAAACAAACGAUAAUAAAACUACUACGUUACAAAACGAUAAUCAACCGUCCAAUUUUUCUAAUACUAAUACUGGUUCUAAUUCUAUUCAAACAAUCAACGAAAAUUUAACAACAACAAAUAAUAAUAAUAAUACUAGUGAUUCAACAUUUGGUAGUUCAAUAUCCACUGAACCAUUGAAUAGUAGUUUUUCUUUUUCUACUGUUGAUAAUACAAAAACAUCAUCAAAUGACUUACAACCUUCAAUUCCAUUCUCAUCGAUAAUAAAUAGUACUUCGACAUGUAAAUUAGAAUCAACAGAAAAUAUACCUUUAUUUGGUAAUAUACAAAAGCUUAGUUUUUCUGACAUAGUUAAACAAGCAUUAGAUCAUAAAUUGAUAAAUGAUGAUAAUGAAACAAGAGUUUUUCCUGGACAAGGUUCACUUAUAUUCGACACAAACUCUACGAAUAUAACUAAAACCGAAAAGAAUAAUGAUGAAAAUGAAGAUUCUUCUUAUGAACCACAUAUUUCAUUUAAACCUAUUGUACAUUUAUCACCUGUUGAAGUUCGAACAGGUGAAGAAGAUGAAAAUAUUUUAUUUCGUGAACGUGCAAAACUCUAUCGUUUUGAUUCAUCAACAAAUGAAAUGAAAGAACGUGGAAUUGGUGAAAUGAAAAUUCUACAACAUAAAACAACAAAUCUAUGUCGAAUAUUAAUGCGUCGUGAACAAGUCUUCAAAGUAUGUGCCAAUCAUAGAAUAACAUCAGAAAUGGAAUUAAAACAACAUCAUGGUAAAGAAAAUGCUUAUAUAUGGUCAGCUAUGGAUUUUUCUGAUGGUCAAUCUAAACAUGAAACAUUAUGUGUAAGAUUUAAAACAAAUGAUCAAGCUAAACGAUUUUUUCAGCAAUUUGAUGAUGCCAAACAAAUCAAUGCUAAUAUUCAACAGUGA